CUGCAAAAGCGUCCUAUGUCCGUACGCCUGUUUGGAACAGAAUACAUACAGGCUACCAGUUAUUAUUUCCAGCAAAUAAACAAAGGCUUGGGGAAGUAAAGUUAUCAAGAGUCGACUACUGGUGGUGGAUUUACAUCGUGGCUCCUUUGACAAUAAGUUACACCCCCCACCAGUAGGCUAUUGUCUUUCGUUCCUGCAGUUGACAGUUCCUGUUUCAGGACUAUACGUUUAUCUUGUAGGAACUCGAGGCCUGGUCAGCAGCUAAGGAUAGAGCAGAAAGGUUCGGAUCAAAUAUCUCUACGUCGAGGGUCUGGAAGGUGGGGCCCCGGGGUAUCGGAUCGGGAAGGGACUUUGUGACACCCAUCUAGACGGUUGUGUUUGCAUCUGUGAAGACCAGGUUUAAGGACAGUUGGCAGUUUCAGUAGAGGUGCAGAAAUGGCACAAACGCCUAAUAAACCACAAGUUCGGAAACGUUUCCGGUGCGACAGCAUAGCCUCUGUGCCCCAGUUCACAAACUCGCCCACCAUGAUCGUGAUGGUGGGCCUUCCAGCCAGAGGAAAGACCUACAUCUCCAAGAAGCUAACGCGAUACCUCAACUGGAUCGGGGUCCCUACCAAGGUGUUCAAUGUGGGCCAGUAUCGGAGGGAUGCGGUACGAACCUACAAAAACUUUGAGUUCUUCCGUCCUGACAAUGAGGAGGCCAUGAAGAUUCGCAAGGCUUGUGCUCGUUCUGCUUUGUCGGAUGUUGGGACUUACUUCAUGCUGGAGCAUGGACAAGCGGCAGUGUUUGAUGCCACCAAUACAACCCGAGAGAGAAGGGAGAUCAUUCUCAGCUAUGCCAAAGAUAAUGGGUACAAGGUCUUUUUCAUAGAGUCCAUUUGUGAUGAUCCUGAAAUCAUUGCUGAAAACAUUAAGCAAGUGAAACUCAGCAGCCCAGAUUACAUUGACUGUGACAAGGAGGAGGCGGUGGCCGACUUCCUGAAGAGGAUCGAGUGCUACAAGGUCACCUACGUCCCCCUGGACGACGACAAAGACAGUCACCUGUCAUAUAUAAAGAUCUUUAACGUGGGCUCUCGGUACCUGGUGAACCGCGUGCAGGACCACAUCCAGAGCAGGAUCGUCUACUACCUGAUGAACAUCCACGUCACACCUCGCACCAUCUACCUGUGUCGCCAUGGCGAGAGCGAGCUCAACCUCGUGGGGAGGAUCGGUGGUGAUUCGGGCCUGUCUCCGCGUGGUAGCCAGUUUGCAGGUGCUCUGGGCAAGUACAUCAAAAGUCAGAGCAUCCCAGACCUGAAGGUGUGGACGAGUCACAUGAAGCGCACCAUCCAGACGGCAGAGGCCCUGGGAGUGGCGUACGAGCAGUGGAAGGCCCUCAAUGAAAUAGAUGCGGGAGUGUGUGAGGACCUGACCUACGAGGAGAUCCAGGCGAAUUACCCCGAGGAGUUCGCCCUGAGGGACCAAGACAAGUACCGCUACCGCUACCCCAAGGGGGAGUCGUAUGAGGACCUGGUGCAGCGGCUGGAGCCGGUGAUCAUGGAGCUGGAGAGGCAGGAGAACGUGCUGGUGGUGUGCCAUCAGGCCGUCAUGCGCUGCCUGCUCGCCUACUUCCUCGACAAGAGCGCAGAGGAGCUGCCCUAUCUGAAGUGUCCCCUACACACAGUGCUGAAGCUCACGCCCGUCGCGUACGGGUGUAAGGUGGAGUCUGUGUCCCUGAACAUCGAGGCGGUGAACACACACAGAGACAGGCCCGCGGGAGAUGAGCCUCCGUGCACCCUCCUCGCGCCCCCCUCCCGCCACCACUCUCGUGCCCAGCCCAUGGCCAGCCCCGUGCCCACACGAGCCCCACGCCUACAGGAUCUGGGGGUCACCAGUCUUAGUUUGCAGAACGUGGAAGUCAGCCGAGAGCCUGAGGAGGCCCUUCUGACCGUUCCAGACCACAUCUAGAGGACCAGAGAGAGACGCUGACCGUCCCACAACCGCACAAUAUCUGUCCUCGAACCCUUAACGUCAAAUGACCUUUACUGUUGUUGUUUUUUUUUGUAUCAACAUAUGAUGUCAUGGUGAAGUGUGUGUGUGUGUGUGUGUGUGUGUGUGUGAGUGUGUGGUAGAAAGAGGUUCUCUGGUUGUUGUUGUUGUUGUUUGUCUGGGGCAGAGAGAGGACUCAGUGGCUCAGCUGUUGGUGUCAGCUGUUGCAGUGGAUCAACUGCUGGGGUCUGACGGCCGUAAUCUACUCUCUUCGCGAGGGGAUAUAAUUUUGCUCCAAUGAAAUUGCACAAGAUGAAGCGAUGAAUAUUUUAAUUUAUGUGCAGAACUCACACCAAGGACGUUCCUUGCACGGGAGGUUUUUUUUUUAUCCCAGCAGCAACUGUAGAACAAUAAACCUCAGAAACUGACUGAUUGUGGACGGGACUGCAAAGUACUCAACGGUUACCCACAAUCCUUUGCGGUCAGAGAGCUCAGCUACCAUCUUCCUGUAUAAACUCAAACCUGGGAUGUUUCCUGUGCCCCUACCAAUGUGCCUCAUCCGUGGCUGGGGUAGACUGAGGAAGCUGACAGGCUUUUUAAACAUUCAACUGUGAAAAGGAACAAAGGGACCUGACCACUGCCGUGCUGUUGUUGUAAUAGACUUUCACAGCGAUAAGCUCAUAGUGCUUUGCAUGUCAGAUUUAAUGGAAGAAAAUAGGUAACUGAGGUUGCUGUAUAUGGUUUCUGUCCUUUUAGGCUGAGUAUGUUUACAAUUCAGUACAUACAGAAAUAUCCACAGCUAAGCUUAAUGGACUCACCCUUAUAUGAAGCACUAACGUGUUAGUUCCUUUGUUACCGCUCACUGGAGAACCUCAGGACCAUCUCUAGAUCCGCACUGCUCAAAACCCAGGUUAAAUGAGGAGAAGUCUCAAAUUGUGCACAUUUUAGUGAGCUGAGGAUCAUUGAAAUCACGUAGAUCUGUGAAUUAUGCUGUUCACCCAUCAUCACAUUUGUUCUUUUCAAAAUGAAACACAGCAAAACCUCAGUGGAAUAGUUAGUGUAAUGUAGAAGUGCAACCCCUCGAUUUAUCUGUGGUUCUAGAACUGUCCAGUCCUUGGUCAAAUACACACCAAGGUGUAUAUGCAAACGCUCGCACACACAUAUUUGGAAAUGUAAAACAUAAAAGUGAAAUAAUAAUAUGUGCACUUUUCUAUACAUUGUGAAUAUAAUUAAAUCCUUCGAUCUUGUGCCAGCGAUGAAAUCAUAACCACGAAUAUGCUAUAUAUUCCUGACGUGAUGAAAGUCUAUUCAAAGAGUUUCUCUCGUGUUAACAUGGAUCAUCUCUCAGUACGAGCUUGACUGAUUGGUUUCAGCCUCUCUCACUGGUGCUGCACAGAAGUGGUUGUUUGGUCUCGUGGGUGCCAUGUUGAAUAUAGGAUCAGUUGGGGAACGUUUUCUCGAGAGGGUGUGAUCUUAUUUUGUGCCUCUCCAAUAAAAAUCUAAGCCAUCCUUUGAAAAGUAGCACACCUGUGAUACAUAGUGGUUAAUAGCAAACCAAUGUUUUUUUUUUCCUGAACAAGUUGUGUGUUUGUGACAUGUCCUGACAGUGUGUCCUUACUGUCUGUGUGCUGUGCCGUGAGUGUUCUUCUCUGUAGUUUUGGCAACUGUAAUGGUCACAGUUAUCGCAGAGCACAGACACCUAUAGAUGAUAUCCGUGUCAUUAAUGUCACAUGAUUACAGACACCUAUAGAUGCAUCAGUGUCAUUAAUGUCACAUGACUAUGGGAUGACGGUUUGGGUUGUGUGUGGACAUCUUGACGAAACGACUGCAACAACGGAGACGCAUGUUUUCGCUGCUGGUUUUUCCUGAAAGUCGUCUAAAUUCCAGUAGCCUCUGUUGAGCAGGGGCAGCUGGGACUCAAUAAAGGGACGCGAACAGAAAACAUCCCCUGGACGGGAGAGGAGAAUGACUUUAAUGUGCAAUUUACUGUGACCGAAAAAAGCAAUGAUAUGUAAAGAGAAUUUUUUUUUUUAAAUUACUUUUAUUUUUGUUGGCACAAACAAAAUAAAACAAGAAGCAAUGUCACCAUC